CAUAAGGCGGCCCCUGGGACCCUCUUUAUUGGUCUAUCCCUCUGCAACUGCCCUGGAUUAGGCUACAAAUGAGCCGAGCUCCUCACGAGCGGCUCGACGUUCGACUCGAAAAAACUCGUUUGAAACUCUGCUCGUUUAUUAAUGAGCCGAGAUUGAGCUUAGCCUUCUGCAGCUCGCGGAGCUAGCUCGACUCGGUGGCUUAUUGAGAUCAACUCGUGAGCUGGCUCGUUUAGAGCUCAUGAGAUGUCUCAGCUCUCAACAUAAUAGCUAGAGAGCCAACUCGAUUACCGAGUUAUGAGCGAAUCUUCCUAUAUGAGUUUGAUUUUAUUAAUUCAUAGGAUUGUUAAAUUAUAAAUAUAUAUAUCUCACCCUAUAUGAAGUUUAACACGUAGAUUAUGUGAGAAAAUAUGUCUUAUUUAAUUUUCAAAAGUAAUUAUGUAUCAUAGAUUGCUUCGAUACUGUGAAAUAACAUAAUUUUCACUAGUUAAAAUUUAUUAAAUUAAUAAUUUGAUACCAUAAAGUAUAACAUGAGAUUAGUUAAUAUUUACCACUUAACUAUUAUUAUUUUUUUCAUCUUGAUAUUAAUCACAUGUAUCAUGUAUGACAUGUAGAAUGAAUAUAUCAAAUACGAGUCAAGAUUAUUAAGCAAGCUCACUCAAAAAACGAGCCGAGCUCAAAUUAAUGUAAAAUUUAGUUCGACUCGGCUCGUUUGCAGCCUACCCAACUUAGAUCAAUAAUCUAAGCAUGUGGACAUGUGGUUUGUAAUUUCAGUUUGUUUGUGGGUAGAAAUAAAGAGAAGAAAAGGAUCUAGGGAGGGCCGGGCACAAAGGCCCCCGUGUCCUCUGGACUGGACAUCACACAGACAGAGGCGCCCGUGUGACAGGAGAUGGACGGUUGGAUGUGGAGAAGGUGCGUUUCUUUUCUUCUUUUUUGAUUUCUUCUUUCUGCUAUUGUUGCCAGUGGAGUGGAAUCAUGAGAUUAUGGAUGGAUGGUGAGAGAAAGAGAGGGAUGAAUAAGCAAGUCAGUCUGUGUUAUGACUCUUGACAGAGGAGAGAGGGGCAGCAGGCAACAGUAGUCUAUUUCAUAUUCAUCCAGGAAGAGGGCAUUCAUUCAUUCACAGAUCCAUGUCAUGGGUCAUAAUGAUGGAUCUAUUGGAUUUAUCUCUUCUGUUUUGUGCUCUGUCUGUCAUCUCUGCUUCUGCUGCUACUGGGUCUUCUGACUCUGACUCUGCUGCUGCUGUCUUGAUGAAUGUAAAUUUUGAUGAUUCAGUGAAGUGCUGUGUAGUUUCAGCCUUCAGGCAAGGAAGGGAGGAAAAAGCAAAGAAAUGGCAGCUUUUUUCUCCUCCACCAAGUCAAGUCUGGACUGGAACGUGUCCAGAACAGGAAGAGCAGAGCAGAGCAGGUGGUGGAGUUUGCAGACAUAAAGCCACUUCCCUUCCCCCACACGUUCUCUUUCAUUUACCAGACUCCCCCCAAAUUAGUUUCGAGGAACGUUGUGGUCCUUCAACUAGGUUUUUACGACUUUCCAAUCCUACAACUUUUCCCGAGUUAAGUGAAUAGUAGUUGACUUGGUCCAUGGGGAGUAUGAAUUCUGAAGAAUUUUACAAAUCAUGAAUCAGGGUUAAUUCAUUGAUAGUGAAUAAAUGAUCAGCAUCUCAUGCAAAGAUGAGUAGAAGUUUAAUCAUCCCAAACCAAAAAUCUAUCGAGUCUUCUUCGAUGGACAAACAUACUUCUUCUAUAUAAUAGUACAAAACUCCCAAGUGCGAAAGGUCAAAAGACCUACGUCGCCAAUUUGCUAUCUUCCCGAGGGACCGAUUCUCUGUAGUCGGAAUUCACUCCUCCACCUUGAAAAAUCAGUACCCAAAAAAUCCACACCUCGAGUAAAUGUAUCAUGCCAUAUUGGUUAUCAACGAGAAAAAUGUAUCAUGCCAUAUUGGAUAUCGAUCGUGGUCGAUUCUUGUUUAUUACGUUCUCUCAAUGGUUCGAAAAUGGGAUAAACUCAUAAAAGGAUGAGCAGCACGAAGAUAAAGAGGAAAGGCACCAUCUGCUCUCUCAAUCGGCCAACAGUGCCACGCAUUAUCGCUCGAUCGUCUCUGAUUUAGGAGACUUUCGUUUCUACUACCAUUACGGUUACGGGUCAGAGAAGAGAAACGAUACGCCUUUGAGGCAAGUUGGCUUUGGAUGUUUGAUGGUUAUGUUAUGCACUCUAGCUCAUAUAUGUAGGAAAUCACUGUCACGCACUCACGCUAUAUUAAAUUUCUCAGUGCAACUGUUUAUCCAUAUGCGAGGUUGACAACAUCUCAGAAUUUAUGCUAAUUAUAGUUGCAUUACUCUCAACUUGUAACUUGACGCGAUGAUGUCAUUUUGAGAUUUCCUAUGGUAACUUGAAGUAAGUUAAUUUAAAUUUUUUAAUCUGUUAUAGUAGCUUUUACAGGUCGCGUUGUCGGUGUCAAUUUUUCAAUUUUUAGUUUUUUUAAUCGUCUGUUGAAAAUGAUCUUAAUCUAAUUUAAUGGUCUAGAUGUAUGCAAGUUAUCUGACUUGAAAUUAUACCCAAUUUACUAUAGGAGAUCCAUGUCAUUUUUAUCAUGUGCCUUACAACUUAUAAUUUUCCUUACACAUUAUGUGACGUCGUAUUAGUUUGUAACUGGGCAACGUUGUGUGAUACCUGAUAUUGUAUCGAGACAACAUGAACCUCAGCAGAUAGCACAUUGGAGAUAUUCCGGCAAGAAGAUGAUGCUAUCGUCAAUGGUGUUGCUUAACGUUUCACUUGCCAUAACCUAAUAGUAGUAGCCUGAGGAUCUGGUGACUAAGGGGGGGGUGCUUAGUCGCUUUACUAAGCCCCUCCGAGCCUUUAGAUCUAGACACACCAAUCUGACGGUUAAAAAGUGGAAAAGACUUUUUAAUUAAUAACAUGGAUAGUUUGGAUAUUAUGAAAAAUUACGAAGUAUAUUAACCAGACUUACAAACAAUACAAACCAUACAAACAUACAAACAAUACAAACUAGAGCAAGAAAGCAUACAAACAUAUUUACAAACAAUACAAAACAUACGAACUAUAUAAACAAUACAAACUAGACCAACAAAUAUUACAAAACAUA